UUCAUCUUCUUCGUCUGAACUUCAACGCCUCUCUCUCUCUCUCUCUCUCAUGUUCUUCAACCUUGAAUCCGUCAACUCCUCCUCUCCCUUACGAUUCUAUUUAAGCUCUCUCUCUUGAAUCCGUCCAUGUCUCCAUCAAUUUCCCGGAUUUCUCAGGUUCUUUCCCGGAAAGUUUUUGAAUCCUCUAAUCGGCGUCCAUGGCGUGGACGUUCAGUUCCGGUGCCCAAAUGUUACUGUUUCUUUCUGUUUUCCUUCUCGCCGGCGAGCUGAGGAGCGGCGAGGCCGGUUCGUUUAAGUUCAGUAUCCACCAUCGAUUUUCGGAUUCGAUUAAGGGGAUUCUCGAUUCCGAAGGUCUGCCGGAGAAGCAGAGCCCUGGAUACUAUGCUACCAUGGUCCACCGCGAUCGGUUAGUUCACGGCCGGCGAUUGGCAACCACUAACGGUGAUCCGCCGCUGACGUUCGUUUAUGGAAACGAUACCUUCCUCAUCGGCAAUUUGGGAUUUUUAUACUACGCCAAUAUAUCGGUCGGAACGCCGGAGUUAUCUUUUCUAGUGGCGUUGGAUACCGGUAGUGAUUUGUUCUGGUUACCGUGUGAAUGCAGCAGUUGUCUUACUUACUUGAACACGACCAAUGGUGGAAAGUUUGGGUUGAAUCAUUACAGUCCAAAGGAUUCAACAACGAGCACAAGUGUCCCUUGCAGCAAUUCUUUGUGUGAACUUGCAAACCAAUGCUCUUCAACCACAAGUACUUGUCCUUACGAAAUUAAUUACCUGUCUGCCAAUACCUCAUCCUCUGGGUACUUGGUACAGGACGUAUUGCACUUGGCCACCGAUGAUAAACAAUUAAAACCCGUUGAUGCUAAGAUUACUUUUGGGUGCGGUAAGAUCCAGACUGGUAUAUUUGCAGAUAGUGCAGCUCCCAAUGGUCUUAUUGGACUUGGAAUGGAAAAGAUAUCGGUUCCAAGCUUCUUAGCGAGCCAAGGGCUCACUUCAGAUUCAUUCUCCAUGUGUUUUGGAUACGAUGGUCAGGGGAGGAUCGAUUUUGGAGACAUAGGCACGUCAGGCCAGAGAGAAACACCCUUCAAUACCAUGGUGAACUUUCCAUCCUACAAUGUCACCUUCACUCAGAUAAUUGUGGGAGGAAAAUCCAACAAUCUUCAAUUUUCUGCAAUUUUCGACUCUGGUACCUCGUUUUCAUACAUAACCGACCCAGUUUACUCUCUUAUUGCCGAGCAAAUGGAUGCAGGGAUGAAAUUAGAGCGCGUUAAAUUUGAUCCUGAUUUCCCAUUUGAGUACUGCUACCAACUUCCUCCAAAUGCAAACAGUUUUUCUCAUCCGAGACUGAACUUCACGAUGAAGGGUGGAGAUAACUAUGGCACCUUGGAUCCAUUUGUUGUUGUUCCUACUGAUAAUUCGGGAGGAUUGGCUGCUUGUUUAGGCAUUGUCAAAAGCACUGAUCCAAUUGAUUUAAUUGGACAAAACUUCAUGACUGGUUAUCGCAUAAUCUUCAAUCGUGAAAAGAUGGUGUUGGGCUGGACGGAAUCAGACUGCUACGACAAUGGCGCCGCCACUCCUUCCGACAACUCUCCUCCGGCCGACAACUCUCCGCCGUCCGACUCCCCUCCAACCGACAGCUCUCCUCCGACCGACAGUUCCCCUCCAUCCGACUCUCCUCAGUCCGGCGACUCUCCCCCGUCCGGUGACUCUCCUCCGGCUCCUUCUACCGCAGGAGGAAGCAACGGUACUCAACCAUUGCCGAGAAUUGGAGCGGGUGAUGCCACGCGGUUGAACCCACUUGGCUGUGUAUUUGUUGCCAUUCUAGCAAUUUUGGUGGUUGUUUGACUUUGAUUAUUAUUAAUCUCUGGGUUUUUUCAUAUUUGCAGUGUAUUUAAUUUUUAUUCUUGAAAUAAUUAUUCUAGAAGGAAACAGUUUUAUUGUUUUUCUCUGCUUUGGGUUUUGUAAAUCAAUGUUAUUCUAAUCAAUUACAUAUUGGUUCAAUUUCAAUCAAAGUUCACAAAAAUUACUGGA